AUGAACACCCCUAAUUCAUACGAGGAGGACGUGCAACAAACCGAGGAAGCUGCAGGAGAGGCCACCGCAUCUAACAAUGGGAUGAAGAAGAAAACUUCGCAGAAGAAGCAGAGGAGCAGACGUAUUUCCCAGCCAACCAGGAACAUCGUGGGUUGCCGUAUUUCGCAUGGAUGGAAGGAGGGCAACGGUCCCAUCACACAGUGGAAAGGAACAGUUCUUGACCAGGUGCCAAUUAACCCCUCACUUUACCUCGUGAAAUACGAUGGAAUUGAUUGUGUGUAUGGAUUAGAACUUCACGAGGAUGAAAGAGUGUUAUCACUUACAAUUAUGUCGGAGAAGGUAGCAUCAUCUCAAGUUAGCGAUGCUAAUCUUGCAAAUACCAUCAUUGGCAAAGCAGUGGAACACCUGUUUGAGGGUGAGCAUGGUUCUAAGGAUGAAUGGCGGGGGAUGGUACUAGCCCAAGCACCUAUCAUGAACGCUUGGUUUUACAUCACCUAUGAGAAAGAUCCUGUCCUGUACAUGUACCAGCUUCUAGAUGAUUACAAAGAAGGCGAUCUCCGCAUUAUGCCAGAGGCCAGUGAGAGUGCUCUUACAGAGAGGGAGCUGGGAGUAGUGGUAGAUGGGCUAAUAGGAAAGCAUGUGGAAUACACCAAAGAAGAUGGCUCCAAAAGGAUUGGUAUGGUCAUUCAUCAAGUGGAAGCCAAACCCUCUGUAUACUUUAUCAAAUUUGAUGAUGAUUUUCAUAUUUAUGUCUAUGAUCUGGUGAAAAAGACUUAA